UUUACACAUACAAUCAGAGGAAACUGACUUGACUCUGUUCAACGACAUUUUCAUGGGAUUUUAAAUACUGAAGUCCAUCCUUGGAACAUUUUCAUCACAAAUUUGGCCGACAAAUUCACAGCAAGCUCUGCACACAGAGACCCAAAGUUCUGGAGGAAAAUCCAACUUAUGCUGGCCCAACCAGCGCAGUAAAUGCCAGUUAGUGAAUUAUGUGCUCUCUGCAAAGACACAGCUGCCAAAUGAUGACUGCCUUGGCCUUCAAAUUGAUUCACCCAGCACACAACCAUCAACCAGAAUUUGCUAAAUGUCAUACUCUUCAUCAUCAGCUAUUUUGGGUCCAUAAUUUUGUAAUCACUGCCUGUGAAGAUGGCCUUGUUUUAGGUGGCUGCCAAGCGUUUACCCUUCAGUGAAGCAAUUUUCUCUCAGCUGUGUCCAGUUCUGGAUGCUGUCUUUUUGAAGGUUGUGUGUUUACAACCCAGGUGUGCUUUAAACGACAUUCCUGAUGAAUCAACUUCAACUAUUUAGGCGGACGUUCGACAGUUAAGUUUACAUUUGUACUGCAUUUUCAGAAUACUGAAUUUCGGAAACCAACAAAAGCCUUCUUCAUCCUUCUUUGAUGUUUGCAUUUAUGCUUCUUCGAAUGACUCACUCGAGUGUGAGUGUAAGACUGUGAGUCAUCAACAUCAGUUUUGUGACUCCCAGAGACAUCCCAUGGAUGAAUGAGUCACAGGUUUCAACAUUCCAGAGUUUGCCUUUUUUUAUCAACUAGUAACUGUGAGUUCUGUGAGUUUUUUUCUCAAUAAUGACUCUGUGGUUUGAUGAUCUGCUACUCACCAUUGGUCUUGAGCCUUUCAUGCUCAAGCUGAGUCACAAUCUGCCGAUCUGCCACUCAGGACACAGGAACCCUCUCUGGUUCAUUCAUGGGGUCAAAACAGGUUACCUGAGCUUGAAAGAUGGACAGCACAAUGGUGAGGUGGUACGGGUCCAGCUGUCUAAGGAGAAUCUGAGUCUACAGAGAGAAGAGACAUUCCUUGUCAGUCCAGUAGAUGCAGAGGUGAAUGGACCUGAUAUAGAUUCAUCUAAGGAAAGAAGUGUUUGCUUGAGAAGACAAAGAAUCGGAGGUCUGGGACUUAGUAUCAAGGGAGGUGCAGAGCAUAACAUCCCCAUAUUGGUAUCCAGAAUAUUCAAAGAUCAAACAGCCGACCAGAGUGGUGGCCUGUAUGUGGGCGAUGCAAUCUUAAAAGUGAAUGGAAUGACCAUUGAGAGAGCUACUCAUGAUGAAGCAGUGGCAGCCUUAAAGAAUGCGGGUACAGAGGUUGUGUUGACAGUGCGACAUUUCAGAGCAGCUACACCAUACCUCAAACAAGCAGCCAAGCUUGCUGAUGAAAGCAAACUGGAAGCAGAGCAGUCCAACUCAACGCAAAACCAUGACGAAAACUGGCAGACGAGGAAUAGCGCCCUCAAUCAGCAGCAGGAGGCCAAUGCUAAGCAGCCUAAGCCAGAGAAGCGAUGGGUGGAUUUGCUGUCUAUUCCCCUCCUCAUGGCUAGAGUGUCCCGUUACACGCCGGGCACGGACAAGCUCAGACCCAACUCCUUUGAGCUAGUCGGCAUGGACGGCGUGUCGUCCGGUAUCCUCCUCUGUCAUAAUGCAUCAGAACUCAAAGAUUGGCUCAAAUGUAUCUCAGCAAAUAUUGCAACGUUAAAUGCACAAUCUAUGAAGAUAUCCAAUAACUUGCUCCCGCCGUCGGAUCAGAUCCUUCACAUGGGUUGGGUCGGGGAGCGACUGCCCACCGUUAUGCAGAUGCACACCUGGAAACCUAAAUUCCUGACCAUCCGAGGGGCAGAUAUCAUGCUCUUCAACACCCCACCUGUAAAUACAAGAGACUGGUUGAGAUGUGAACGAAUACACAAGCUGUAUGAGGUCAUUACAAGAGUUUAUAAGGAUGCAGAGCUGUUGGAUGACAGGCCUCACUGCUUCAUCUUACAGACUGGUGAAGCCAGUAACAAUCAGCAUUACUUAUGCACACAGAGCCGUAGUGAACUCAAUGUGUGGCAGAGUGCUAUGCAACGAGCAACUCACACUGCAGUCUCCAAACUAGGAACGAAAACAUACGGAUGCACAUGGCGGAAAAGGGUGGUUGGUUUAACCUUUGACCUGUCAACAGGCUUCACGUUAUUUGAUGCACAAAAUAAGCAAGCAAUUAUUUGGAGGUAUCGCUUCUCUCAGCUCAAAGGCUCCUCAGAUGAUAACAUUUCCACAGUGAGGCUGCAGUUCCACAACCCCAAUACAGACAGGGUGGAAACACAGGAGUUAGAGUGUCCCCAUCUGCGGAAGUUACUGCACUGUAUGCACGCCUUCCUUUCAACCAAGUUAGCCUUAGUGGACCCAACGUUUAUGAAGAGUGCAACAGCAAUGCCUGGAGAAACACCACACUGAAACAUGCUGCUUCUUUGUAGUGCUAGAAAUGUGUUACUUUCAUGGCUGUCUUGAAAUCAUUUGAAGGGUUAUAGGAUCAUUUGCAUUUUUCCCAAAAGUAACCUACCAUUUUAAUCAAAAAGUUUACGUGGAUUAAAGAUUAUGCUGGUAUUGAACACCCUGUGAAAUUAUUCCAUCUGGCUUGCUGUCAUUUUGAUGAUCAUUCUGAUGAUCAAUGAUCAUUCAGUUGACUGAUUAUUUUUUUUUGAAAUAAAGAAGGCUAUUGACAAAACUUGUAAUCAAAAGGUUGUGCAUAGUUCUUCUUGUUUUCUCGAAAAUUGUAAUGUCCACUGAGCUGAAACUUCAACAGGUUAGGUUUUGAACGUAAAAGUAUUUGGAUUUUGAUGAGUGUUAUUAUUGGGAACAAACAAAACGCAUGAACAACAAAUGAUCCUAUAUGCCGUUCAAAUAAUUGAAUCAGACAUACAUAGGUGAAUAUAUAGCAGUUUCUCCAGAUUGGCGGUUUGUGAUUAUGCAUUUUUUUGGGGGGGGUUAUGUUGCACAUGAAGAUCUGCCAUGCAAUGCAUCAAUCCUGAUUUCUUUGGGCUUUUUGCAAAGAACCUCCCUGGAUCCUCCAAACUGUAGCAAUUUGCAGGAAACCAAAGGUAUGCACUUUGUUAGUCUUGGUUCAAGAUUUGAUUUUGUUGUUUUCCCUGAUGCAACCAGCUCCCUGGUAAGCACAGUCAAGCUACUGCCAAGAUAGUAUACAAAAAAUGAAUGUUUACGAGUGCAAUGGUAAGAAUAAUUUCAUGAGGGAAUGGAACAUUCUAUCUGUCACCGAAUGAAAGUAUCCUUUCCAUAGACCGCUUGCAGACG